CCAAGGGCGUCUCAAGGGGCGACAGGACCCGACGCAAACAUGUUUCGCGUGCUCAUGCGGAUCUCGGUUGGGUUUUUCGCGACUGGUUUGUGUUUGGAGCCGCUCACGUGAGGAGCUGAAACCGAACCGACACAAGGAUGAAAAUGCUCCGGUUUCGCAGCCCCAGCAUCCGCUCCUUGGACCAGGAGGUCCUUUGCACGAUCCGGUUACUGGACGACUCGGAGAUAUCCUGCAGCAUUCAGAGAGACACCAAAGGUCAGUUCCUGUUGGACCACGUGUGUAACCACUACAACCUCCUGGAGAAGGACUACUUUGGGAUUCGAUAUGUGGACCCUGAGAAACAAAGGCACUGGUUGGAGCCAAAUAAGCCCGUGGUGAAGCAGAUGAAAUCAGCUCAGCAGCCGUACAUGAUGUGCUUCCGGGUCAAGUUCUACCCCCAUGAACCGAUGAAAAUAAAAGAGGAGCUGACAAGGUAUCUGUUGUACCUCCAGCUGAAGAGAGACAUCUACCACGGCCGUCUCCUGUGUCCUUUCGCUGAGGCUGCAUACCUGGGAGCCUGCAUUGUUCAGGCUGAACUGGGAGACUUUGACCCAGAAGAGCACCCAUCCGACUAUAUCAGAGACUUCAAACUGUUCCCUAAACAAUCCCUGAAACUGGAGAGGAAGAUUAUGGAAAUACACAAGAAUGAACUCAGGGGACAGUGUGCUGCAUUAGCAGAGUUAAACAUGCUGCAAAAGGCACACGCUCUGGAAACAUAUGGAGUGGAUCCACAUCCUUGCAAGGACUUCACGGGGGCGACUGCAUUCCUGGGUUUCACAGCCACGGGUUUUGUGGUUUUCCAGGGAAACAAGAGGAUUCACCUCCUUAAAUGGUCUGAUGUCAACAAGCUGAAGUUUGAAGGGAAAACCUUUUAUGUCAUCGGAAUCCAGAAAGAGAUUAACUGUAGUGUUUGUAAUCCUGUCCACCAUCACACAGAAUCUAUAUGUGUGUCGCUGUUUCAGAUCUCCUUAACAGGCAGGAUUCACUGUAACAGGAUGAAAAAACUGGUGUUGACAUUUCACACCUCGACUCCUGCGGCGUGUAAGCAUCUAUGGAAGUGUGGCGUGGAGAAUCAGGCCUUUUACAAGUGUGCAAAGUCAAGCCAGAUAAAAACCGUCUCCAGCAGUAACAUUUUCUUCAAAGGCAGCAGGUUCAGAUACAGUGGAAAAGUGUCCAAGGAGGUGAUAGAGGCCAGCUCUAAGAUCCAGAGAGAGCCCCCAGAGGUGCACAGAGCCCAGUUCGGUCACAGUCGAAGCUUUAACUCCUUGAGUCACAAAAACCUCAUCAUGAACAUGGAACCUCUGGUACCCGCCCUGCCCUCCACCAACGAAUACGACGAGGCAGCGGACAUCGGUGCCACUUGUGUGACGGACGCGGUUCCCCUGUGUCCUCUAGAACCCUCAGCUGCACUCGCAGAUGCAGAACAACACGGCACAGAUGGAGAAAACUCUGCUUUGAACAACGAACUGCAGCAUCACUGUGUUUCCAUGGAAACCUCGAGUCUGCGACCUCAAGCACCCAAAGCUGAAGAGACACCGGAGGAAGAUGAUGAAGCUGGAGGCGCACUCACCAUUUCUGAGCUUUCCUACAGCCCCUGUGCCAGCAUGCUUCCAACUCCCGUGGAUGACACCCAAGGAGGAGUCAGUCUGCUCUUCUCCUCCCCAGUACAGAGCCCAGCUCGGCUUCUCAGGGAGCUCCACGCAGACCCCGACAUCCAGGCCCAGCUGGAGGCAGAGAGGCAGCGGGACCGAGCAUACGAACGCGCCCGCCUGGCAGCGAGGAGUCCAGUGAGCGGAGUCUUGACCAGCGGCCUGCGCCUGCUGUCGUCCAACAAAAGAGUCAACUCCUGUUUGCUCAGCGUGGCCCGAUUCGUUGCCAUGGUAAUGUGCAUCCUGCUUGUCACUGUGCCCACACUGCUGCUGCUUCUAGAGUCGGACAUUGAUGUGUCGUUCCUUCACGAGAUCCGGCAGACGCCAGAGUUUGAGCAGUUCCACUACGAGUAUUACUGCCCGCUCCGGCGCUGGAUUCUGUGUAGGAUCAGCAUGGCCUUGGAGAACCUGUGGUCCGACUGAGGGAGACGAGAAAGAGAACCGAAAUGUCCAAAUGUCCGUCUUUACAAGUGAUUGUAGAAUCCUGAUGCCAGGGAGGUGAAAUAAGUUAGUUAAUGUAUGCAAAUCUGCAGCAAAUUUAUCAUGGUAUCUCAGAACUGUAGCAUUUUUUAUUUACUUAUGUAUUAAUGCGGUGGGUGGGAAUGCGUCCAACUGGACAAUUUAGCCUGGAUCAGCCUGAAAAAAUGUGUUUCACCUCUUUGUUAGAAGGCUUUCCUUUCAUUUAAAAAGGACUAAGGAGGGACACAUUAUUUUAAUUUAGUCACUUGAUAAGAUGGACGUUUUUGGCAGGGAUCAACAGGAAAGAAAGCAUGAAAAUGAUAAUAAAUGAAGGAACUGAUGGAGGAAAAGAACAAAAGUAUGUGAUUUUAAUGGCCUUUCCACUCUUGAUGCUGACCAGAUGUUGUAGAGACUCUUCAGUGAAACUUCUGAUUGGUUGUUGUCCUUAGAGCCAUCAUCUGAUUGGAUGCAGCAACUGUCAGUCAUGGCAGAGUGGGCGGGAACAGACAGAGAAAUUACCUACCAGUACACACAAGGAAAGCCACAGAGAAAUACGCACGUUCGCGCACGCGCGCACACACACACACACACACACACACACACACACACACACACACACACACAUACACACAUGCAGAAAA